AGUGUUGUGUUGCGUCGUGGCUGCAGCCCAGCAUGCACCGCGGUUGCCAUAGCGCUGGAGCGGAGGAGGGCGGAAGUGUUGCGUUGUGUUGUGUUGCUGCUGCAACCCGGCCGCAUGUGUUGUCACACUCACCCGGAUCAUUAAAAAUAAAUAUUAGAGUUUCGCAAAGGUAGCCGAGCUAACUUCAUGUUGAACUGAGGGAAAGGUAACAUAAAGAUGACUGCCCAGGAGGCCCGCCUGUGUGGGCUUCUACUCCGGGAACACUUCGGAGAGGUGGUGGAGAAGAUCGGGACGCACCUCCUCAGGAGUGGGGCUCAGAACCUACGCACCAUCGUCAAUGAGAGUGGUACUCCGAUCGACCUGGUGAAGAAGUCUCUGUGUGUGCUGAUGAAGCAUGGCGCAUGCAGAUUCAGCAUAGGUCGCAAAGGACCAGGGAGUCCUGUGGAGUACCAAGCGAGCUGCGAGAGGAUCUUGGGGAUUCUGCGCUAUCCACGCUACAUAUACACAGCCAAGACACUCUACAGUGAUACGGGAGAGCUGAUCAUUGAGGAAUUGCUUCAGCGGGGCCACAUGACCAUGAGCAGUAUUGUGAAGAUGGUGGCCGACCGACUCACCCACAACAUGGAGGAGGGUCGCAGCAUAGAGUACAACGAGGUGGUCUCCACCUUCUCCAAGCUGGUCGAGACACACUUCCUGCAGCGAUGUCCCCCGGUGUCGGAGGUCGUGCCACCGGUCAGCACCGCUCCGACGGUCCCCGGAGCCCCGGCGGCCCCCGUCAGCACCGGCCCCCCCACCCCCGAGAGCUUCUCCGACUGCUACUUGGUGCCUAGCGUUUCGCUGGCGGGCCGGGGCAAACGAAGGCGCUCUGGUGAGGACGUGGUCUUGGACCAGGGGACCACCAAGAAGGCCAAGACGGACCUCCAGACACAUGGAGACGAGGGUAUCUACUGGCAGGUGAAUUUUGAGAGGUUUCAUCUCCACUUCAGAGACCAGACCAUAAUAAGCGCCGUGGCCAGCAAACUGGACCAGACGAGCAGUGAGAUAGUGAGAACCAUGCUGAGGAUGAGUGAGGUGACCACCACCCCCUCUGCCAGCUGCACCCAGGCCCUGUCAGCCAAUGAGGUCUUCAGGUCCCUGCCAGCCAACUACAGCAUCAGCCGGCCCAUCUUGGACCAGUACCUCACACUGCUGGUUGAUGACCCGAUGGAGUUUGUGGGGAAGACGGGAGACAGCGGAGGAGGAAUGUAUGUCGUCAAUCUGCACAAAGCGCUGACCAUCCUGGCGAGGGCCACACUCGAGUCCGUGGUACAGGAGAAGUUUGGCUCCCGGUCUGCACGCAUCUUUCGUCUGUUACUACGGAAACGCCAUCUGGAGCAGAAGCAGGUGGAGGACUUUGCGAUGAUCCCAGCCAAAGAAGCCAAAGACAUGCUGUACACAUUGAUGUCAGAGAACCUGGUGCUCCUUCAGGAACUCCCCAAGACCCCGGACCAUGCCCCCUCCCGUACCUUCUACCUGUACACUGUCAACCAGCUGGCUACUGCUAGGAUGUUGCUGCAGCACUGUUACAAGGCCGUGGCCAACCUCAUAGACCGCCGCUUGUUCCAAACCAAGGAGAGCAAGCGUCUGCUGGAGAAGUCCCAGCGAAUCGAGGCCAUCAUGGCGUCAUUGCAGGCCAGCGGUGCGGAGCCUGAGCAGCUUACUGAGGUGGAGGAGAUGAUCAGCGCCCCUGAGAAGCAGCAGCUGGAGUCACUGAGACACCAUAUCAACAAGUUGGAUUCUGCAGAGAACCAGGUGGAUGAGACCAUCUUCCUGCUCAAGUCUUACGUGGCCUCCACUGCUAGGAUCACACGGUGAUGGCGUUACUGUCGGGACUUUAAUCUCCAUCGUUCUUAUUCAGAUGAAGCUUCUCGCUACCUUCUGAUAUUGUGGUUGUUUAUCAGUUUGUUUUUGCUUUUGACCUUUUUCUUUCAGUUACAAUACAGUUGUAUAUCUUCAGCUGAAUGAAGGUAAAACCAAGAGCAUCUGUUCAAACUCUUUUUAAUUUCGACAACAGACGGACAGAGACAGUGAGACAGACAUAGGACAACGUAAUGUGCUGAAAUGUAAAAUGAUGUCUGAAUAUUAAAUAAAAGGACAAUUGUUUAAUGCACUUGAGUCAAAAAACAAAGUAGAAAAAGUUAUUUACAUAAGUGCCCCCGACCCUAUGAAUAGUGGGUAGUGCAUUCCUGUCGGACCUCCAACGUCCCCUGGUCCUGGAGGUCCUAGUUGAGGCGUAGAGCUCUGGAUCCCAGACCUAGCGCUGUGACGGACCCGGGACUGUCAUUGGCAGCAUGUGGGAAGGACCACUCGGGUAACCAUCACAACCGUUGUCAUGGCAGCAGACCGCUUCACUCCUCCUGGGUCUCCUCUUCCUCGGGCUGUUUCCGUGUGAAGAAGCCCAGCUUCAUCACGAGAGACACCGGGGCAUUAAUGAUCACAGCCAUCAAUGAAAGGAGCCACUGCUUCUGCAGUGCUACUCAUCCUAUAAUAUCUUAUAUAUAUCUUAUAGGAUGAGUAGGACAAAGAAUCGACAAGUUAUGUAGAACCAUUUAAAACGGAUUGGGUAAAAGCCAUUUAAACGUACCUUCCAUAAUACAAAGAUGAUUAGCGCCAAUAAGAGCAAGCCUCCAAUAAUGCUACCGAUCAGAAUCCAGAGUGAGAUGGGAAUGGCGCGCCCCUUGAGCACCUCCAAGACCGUCUUGAUGGUGGAAAGAGGAGGAUGGAGACAAAUAUACCUAUUUUAAUACUUUUCUCUUUCUAUCAUGCGUUUCGUUAUUUAAAAAGGUACACUAACUACAUGUGAAAUAAAAGGGAAAACAAUCCUUCAGAGAUUCCAAUGUUUGUCAUUUAUUAUUGCACUUGAUUUCUUUAACUUUACUGGUUGCAAAUUGUUGCAAGUUUAAUCUGAAUACGAGCCCUGUGAAAAGACAGAUAGACCCUUCUCCCAGAGGCAUCGUAGGAUCCAUCUACUUAUGGAUCUACUUAUUUAAUGUACCAGGGCACGGGCAGCAGACUAAACUAUUGAAGAUAAGCCUAGUACCCAUGCCCGUUAUAAAUUAGUAACAGACCCAUAAUAAGUGUUAUGACAUAAACCUAUGAUUGUCCUAAAUUAUAUAUCACUGUUGAAAAAC